AUGUUCACAGGCCGCGGUAAAGGUUUUCGAGGCAGAAGCCACGGCAAUCAUGGUGCGACAACCAAAGUGCCUUUGAAGAAGGGACUCUUCUCCGAUGGCAUCUGGCAAUGCAACUGCGAUCCUCGCCUACCGGCACAGCACUUUCAAACUAAGAAUGGUGGAAAGAACCAUGGACGGUGGUUCUAUACAUGUCAGAAACCCCAGCCCAAACGCUGCGACUUCUUCCUAUGGGAUGACGAGGCCAAAUUACGAGAAGCAGCCGCCGUUCUGAACAACUCCCGCACUGAACCCAUACACUCUCCUCAGACUCCCAGCAAAUCUUCGCCAUAUGGUAUAGUCACACCUCAAACCUCCAGUCGGCUCAGGGACGGUAGUCCAGAACUCACUACACCUCGCACGCCCUCAAAAACCUCUUACAGCCCGCCCUCAUCAUCCGCUCGUGGUCAUGGAACGCAGACAACUACCACCCAAGGUAGCGACUCCGAAGAAGAGUUCUUUGAUUGGCCCGCCAGCGACGAUGAUGAGCUGUCGAAAUAUGCAGACCAGGCAUCCAGUGGACAUCCCAUGCCACCCCCGGAAACGCCACGCAAAGCGAUUAAGUCGGAUACACUCUCUACGCCAGGCAAACGCAGGUACGAUGAGAUGGCUGCGGACGAUGGAGACGCUCUGAAGGUUGCUCUACGAACGUCAGCUACUGGAACCGAAGGGGACGAUAUCUUCACCACGCCUGCCAUUGGUACACAUAGCAAAAGUUUAUUUGCGAGCGGCGCUCUCCCUUCUCCAGCAGUAACUCCUACGCCAAUUCGCUACAAGGACAUCCCUCCAACCCAGGAAUCAGAAUUAGCAUCUGAAGUACUUAGUGCCCUACAAGAUCACAACGCCUCCAUUACACUCGAAGCUCAGGAGACAUUGAAGAGAAUUUGUAACAAGCACGUGCUAUACACAAGAGGCAUAAUGAAAGGUCGCGAUGUUUCAAGAGCUAUGGUCAAGAGGCAAGAUGAACGAACAGCGGAAUUGCAAGGCGAGAUUGAAGGUCUCAAGGCUGAGCGGGAGACGAAUAGAGCCGUGAUUAGGCAUCUGCGACGGGAUAUGGCAGUUCAAAAAGAAUCAAGAAAUUGA